AUGAGGAGGUUUGUUUACUGCAAGGUGGUUCUAGCCACUUCACUGAUGUGGGUUCUUGUUGAUGUCUUCUUACUCCUGUACUUCAGUGAAUGUAACAAAUGUGAUGACAAGAAGGAGAGGUCCCUGCUACCUGCCCUCAGGGCUGUUAUUUCAAGAAACCAAGAAGGGCCAGGAGAAAUGGGAAGGGCUGUGCUGAUUCCUAAAGAUGACCAGGAGAAAAUGAAAGAACUGUUUAAAAUCAAUCAAUUUAACCUUAUGGCCAGCGAUUUGAUUGCCCUUAACAGAAGUUUGCCGGAUGUAAGAUUAGAAGGAUGCAAGACAAAGGUCUACCCUGAUGAACUUCCAAACACAAGUGUAGUCAUUGUAUUUCAUAAUGAAGCUUGGAGCACUCUCCUUAGAACUGUUUACAGUGUUAUAAAUCGUUCUCCACACUAUCUACUCUCUGAGGUCAUCUUGGUAGAUGAUGCCAGUGAAAGAGAUUUUCUCAAGUUGACAUUAGAUAAUUAUGUGAAAAAUUUAGAAGUGCCGGUAAAAAUUAUUAGAAUGGAAGAGCGCUCUGGGUUAAUACGUGCCCGCCUUCGAGGAGCAGCUGCUUCAAAAGGACAGGUCAUAACUUUUCUCGAUGCACACUGUGAAUGCACGUUAGGAUGGUUGGAGCCCUUGCUGGCCAGAAUAAAGGAAGACAGGAAAACAGUUGUAUGCCCCAUCAUUGAUGUGAUUAGUGAUGAUACCUUUGAAUAUAUGGCUGGGUCAGACAUGACUUAUGGGGGUUUUAACUGGAAACUGAAUUUCCGUUGGUAUCCUGUUCCCCAAAGAGAAAUGGAUAGAAGGAAAGGAGACAGAACAUUACCUGUUAGGACCCCUACUAUGGCUGGUGGCCUAUUUUCUAUUGACAGAAACUACUUUGAAGAGAUAGGAACUUACGAUGCAGGAAUGGAUAUCUGGGGUGGAGAGAAUCUUGAAAUGUCUUUUAGGAUUUGGCAAUGUGGAGGGUCAUUGGAGAUUGUGACUUGCUCCCACGUGGGUCACGUUUUUCGGAAGGCAACUCCAUACACUUUCCCUGGUGGUACUGGUCAUGUCAUCAACAAGAACAACAGGAGACUGGCAGAAGUUUGGAUGGAUGAAUUUAAAGAUUUCUUUUAUAUCAUAUCGCCAGGUGUUGUCAAAGUGGAUUAUGGAGAUGUGUCAGUCAGAAGAACACUAAGAGAAAAUCUGAAGUGUAAGCCCUUUUCUUGGUACCUUGAAAACAUCUAUCCGGACUCCCAGAUCCCAAGACGUUAUUACUCACUUGGCGAGAUAAGAAAUGUUGAAACAAAUCAAUGUUUAGACAACAUGGGCCGCAAGGAAAAUGAAAAAGUGGGUAUAUUCAACUGUCAUGGUAUGGGAGGAAAUCAGGUAUUUUCUUAUACUGCUGACAAAGAAAUCAGAACCGAUGACUUGUGCUUGGAUGUGUCUAGACUCAAUGGACCUGUAAUCAUGUUAAAAUGCCACCACAUGAGAGGAAAUCAGUUAUGGGAGUAUGAUGCUGAGAGACUCACCUUGAGACAUGUUAACAGUAAUCAAUGUCUAGAUGAACCUUCUGAAGAAGAUAAAAUGGUGCCUACCAUGCAGGACUGUAGUGGAAGCAGAUCUCAACAAUGGCUGCUAAGGAACAUGACUCUGGGGGCAUGA